UUUCUUGACUUUGAAAUAUUGACAUUUGCUGAGGAUAGGCUCUUGUUACGUAAACAUCAAGUUACAUAAAAUAUCUAGUUGAAAAGUGUUGCUAAAUCCCACCUCGUCAGCCUCGUUUCGUGCACUGAGAUACAUUAUUUCUGUGAGAAUAAUUACAUUUAGAAAAUAGAAAUGCACAGGCUCUGGAAAACAAGUUCUCUUAAGGUUCCAUCUAUAGGCUUGAGUCUUUUGUUAACAGGUACCUUUAUAUCACACUCUGCCAGUGCUUGUAUGAGUGCUGCUGGAGAAGGAGAAAGGAAAAUGGAGUCUGUCCGGCAAACCAACAACGAUCUGAUUGAUUCAUCCUACCCUGGUACAGCUGUCAGUCGACUGCACAAUGUGCAAGUAAGGGUGAAAUCGCUGACUCCUGAGCAAUUGAGUCAGGACUGGGAAACAGUUAGACGCUCCAUCCUCUGGGCAGGUGGACUCAGAGAUCUUCCCAAUGCGAGACCUGGCAAGGGCUACACAGGACAUUCCUUCAACGAUUUCAAUCAUUGUGACCUAACAACAAUGCGUGGAGAUGAAGCUGAUAACACCAAUGAAGGCAGAGUUGCUGGUAUAGCGUACAACAAUCGUUUGGGAGAAGGCAUUCGUAUUGCGUCCAUCGAAGAACUAGGACCCGGUGGCUCUUGGAGUACUUGCAUGAUAGGAUGCAACAAGGAACCCCCUCAAGAUGUGGCCCACAUUCAAUUCAAGUCAAGGAUUGCUUUCAAACUUGUGUGGACUCCAAGGAACUACACCACAUUCGUAUUGGUGGAUGAUAAUGGAUCUCUACUGAAUUGGGGUACACCGACAGGAAGUCUGCCACACAUUUCAGAAAGAAGACGCAACUUUGACACGGUGGCCGGUUCCAAAUACGCCGUCGAAGCCGAGCGCAAAGGGCUAGAAAUGCAGCAACAACCGAAUGGCGGUCGUGAAAUCUCGGAGCUUUAACCCAAUACUUUGAUUAGUAGCCUCCCCUUUAAUUGCGCAUGUUCCUGUUUGAUUAUCCAAGAUUUUGUUCUAAUGUCUGUCUUCUUGAUGUUAUUAAUACAACUCGGAAGGACAAACA